AUGCAUGUGAUAUACCCAACAGUGGCAGGUGAAGCACGGCAUCAGAUUCCCCCCAAUCAGCAGAUCGUGCGCAUUAUCAACCACUACAAACGGCUUAGCUUGGAGCAACUGCAGCAACGCGCUGCCAAGAGGAAGCAUGACUCUCAAGUAAAGGAUUACAGCUUCAUAGUCAAGCUAAAGGUUCGGAACUCCGUUCGAUGCAGUGGGGCCCUGUUGGCGCCACGCCUGGUGAUCAGCUCCAGCAGCUGCUUGAGUGGAGUUCCUUCUAGUCAAGUGCAUAUCCUCACCAGAGGAGGGAGCACUCUCCCAGUGGCUAAGCUUGAGUGGUUCCGAUCCAGCCCCGAGGUAAUCCUAAUCACCCUGGUGACAGCAGCCCCGGGACAGCCGAUUGGACUGUGCUCCACGACCCUAAAGAUGGGCGACAAUGCCUCCAUGCUGAUGGCCAGCAACGACCUCAGCUUCUUUGGACGUAGACACAGCCAGGUCGUGUCUAACCAGGCCUGCAAGAUGACCUUUCUGCAGGAAGAGAGCGUCUACAUCACUCCCAAUAUGCUGUGCCUGCAGAACUCCCAGAGCCCAGAGAAGUGCGUCACACAGCAGGGAGAUGCCUUAUUGGUUGACCGUCAACUGUGCGGCUUGAAUGUCUACGGAUCCCGCUGUCGGGCACGCUCCCUAAAUGCCGAUCUCUAUAUUGAUCUGGAAAAACUGCGAACUCUGAUUAGCCAUUUCAUACAGAAGCUGCUAGGUUGA